AUUCCUGGAAGUAGAAGAAAUUAUUAUAACGCAGUUUGUCGCUCACAUGGAAAAGUAUGCAGACAUGGAUGCCUACACUGGCUGUGCCAAGGAUCUUAACGAUAAAUCGCAUGCAGCACGUGAUUUGUUGCUGAAGGAGAACUUGGAUGCAUACAUGUCUGAGGUUGAAGUACCGUUGGCCACAGCUGUCAAGAUUGCCAUGAUGUCAGCUGAUACGUAUGACACAGCGUUCUCCCUGCACCAAUAUGUCAACACGGUGUGUGUGCUUCACUUGGACAGUGGCAAAGCACAGGACUGGAGUGAGCUUCUCAAGCAGCAGAUUGUGGACAACUACAUUUCAUCACACGCUGCGCUUCAGGCAGAGUUUCGGAGUCGCUCCAACUGGUGGUACAGCAUGAAGGGAUUCGUCCAGUGGAUUGUUUGGUACGUGACGAACAUCUUUGGCUGACCAGUACCACGCUGUUGGUUAUCUUGAAGCGAGGACCACACUGCAGCAUCCAUUGCCACCCCCUGACAUGCACAUGGAACAAGUUGCAGGCUGAACGAGAACACUGAUGUCCUCUUCUCUUUUUUUUAAAUUCCAUUUUCCAAAAGAUGUCAAAACUCAAAAGGCAACAGCCAUGUCGUGGACACUACAAGUAUUUAUUAGCAGUUGAAUAUAGCACCAAGGAGAACCCUACUUUCCAGCGUUCUCAGAGGCCAGAUUCCAGCAUUUUUAGUGGCCUGAUGUUACUGCAGUAAUUCCAUCUGGUUCUGUCACGAAUCCCAUCGUCUAUGCUAUACGAACACAACCAUUCUACAAGAGGGCGCAUCUGCCAUGGAUGGAGUUAACGCCAAGAUCCUGCUGCAUGUCCUGGCUCUGCCAAAGCGUUGUGCAGUUCAGGUGAUGGUGUGCUGCACUGCAUAAUGCAGAGCUAACGCUAGUCGCAUUUGAGCUGUGGCAUUUAUUUCUGACAGCGUAUAUCCCGUCUCCGCAGGGCUAGAAGAAUCAGGUACUUUUGCUUAUGGUUCAGCUGAUCAUGUGUACCAUUCAUUUAUUUUUAUUUUGGUGAUGUGUUUUUGUUGCUGCUGCUUGCUGCCGUAUUUUGUACUAGUUUCUCAUUGGAGUUCCAACGAAAUACAUAGUUUUUACCCUCUUUUUUCUUUUUAAAUUGUGAUGUGUCCCUGUUCAGUUGAGUGUUUUAAACUUGAUAUACCUCCGCUUUCCACAAGAAAGUCGCUCCUUCUGUCCAUUUCUCUCUCUCUCUCUCUCUCGCUCUCAUUGCUCAAUGGUUGUGUUGAAAUCUGCAACAACCCACUGCUACUUGUGAUUGACAGCCAAGCCGGGCAUACAAGCUGCAUGCAGCGUCAUGCGCUGCGGCGCUGCGGCAUGCUCUAGCAGGGCAGUGGCUGUGGAACAUACGUGCUGAAAUUGUUUUGUAUACUGUCCAAAGACAAUGCUUUUAUGCCCAUUGUUUAUCUUCAUAUUCAGGGUUGUGCAUGACUGUAUUCAAAGCACUUUGUACAAGACCGUAGAGCAGUCACUUGCAUGUUGA